UCUGUGCUUUGGUACAGAAGACCUCCUUGUCUUUAGGGAGCAGGACUGCAGAGGGGUGUUACUAAAGAAUUAUAUUAAAAAGCGGGCGUAACCCACCAUCAUCAGCACAGUGAUCUUGGAUUAAGUUCAAUCUGUUGUUAGUGGAACAAACAGCUGUCGCUUAAAUUCUGGUUAAGCGGCUUUUUUGUUGGAGCAAGUUUUCCUCGCCGCUGAGAGAGAACUUGAAGGAGGAUUUAUUAUAAGUGAGGGCUUUUUUUCCACAGUGGCGUCACUGCCCCGGUUCACAACCACCUCGUAGGAGUGUUGCCGCUGCCUACUCAUCGUCCCUCCGCCGAUACGCCCCAACAACCGGUUCCCUUCUGAGACUCUUCUUUCUUUCUUCACAUUCCCUCUUUGAGGAUUUGUCUCCCUUUGUCACCCGGAGAGGCAUCGGAGGCAGCAAGAAGAGGAGCGGCUGACGAGAAUCACUUAUUUGCUCUCUUAGGGGUUGAUAAGGAUGAAUUUGAAUGCUCAGGUGAAUUUCUCACACACAAAAAUAGCAAAAUGUUCCUGAAAAAAUGAAGAACUCUUUUGCUGUGAAAAUAGACGGCUGGGAUCCAGUUUUGUCCAUCGUCCUUUCCAGCUGUUUCUCAUUAAGGAAAUAUGUCCCGCCCUCAUGUCACGUCUUCUGACUUCUGCCAAGCGAGCCGACGCCUAGCUCUAAUGUUCUGGUCAUCGUGACUUCAUCAGGAGUCUGAUUUACUCACAUUACGUCCGUCCGGUCCCGGUCGGGCCAACAGAGCGCUCAUGGAUACGCCUCCCGCCCGAGGCCGGGCGAUGACUGACUGACUGUGGACGUCUGGGGGGGGGGGCAGAGGGCUCCGAAGCACAGACACCCUUUCACUGUCACUCCCACAGACCCUGCUCGUCCUUGGGCCCUCGUUGGGCCCUCGUUGGUGCCUGCGGAGGAGGCAAAGUGGCGCUGCCAGCUGGCCGGCUGUGUGUCCGCUGAAUGCUUGUCAAUGCGCGGCAGUGGUUGUUUCCGGCAGCGUUGCCGCUAACAGGGACGGUCCAAUCGCUGCUUAGUAUCCGCGUCCCGGCGCAGCUGGUCUGUGACGUCUUCCCUGCACAUGCUGAAGGAGUGUAGGGGGGGAGGCUGUAGUGAGCAUUAUACUUUGCAUCCAAAUCAUGAUGAAAACACAGAUGUGCUGCGUGCAUCAGAGCACACAUGUGCACUUUCAGGUUCUGUGGUUUAAAGGUGAAAAUAAACAUUUGACAAACACAAAGUAUGUUGGCUUAGCAGCCAAACAGGGUUACAUUUUUCUUUGUCAUACUAUGUUAAGUGGUUCAUGCACUCACUAGCUCAAGAUGGCCUCUGCAUGGAUCAUCCACAGUUGACGAAGAUGCUUUUUGCUUGUUGCGGUUUCUUCUCACGUACACAAACAUGUUUGCAACAACUAGUCCCCAAGAGUCGUAGGUCGAAAGACGCUAAAUAGGUCUGACGCAGCAUUAUGGUGUCAUUUAUUAUCAUGCCCCAGAUGUGUUACAUCCUUUUAAGCCUCGCGCUAUGGUGUUUGCAGCCAUCAAGUGCAUAUUUAAGAAUCCAUUCGCAGGGUUUUCACUUUAAAAACGACAGCUUGGCGCAUUAAAAAGUCGUCUAAGAGGACGCGCAUUUUGACCGAGCUGUGGAGCUCAUGUUGGCCAAGUGAAGCAAACAGGCUCCGGCAGAGAAAAACCAAAUGCCAGUGUCAAGUGUCCCUUUGACUUCACUGAGAAUGACUGAAUUGGGCCCCGUUGUCCCCCGUGAGCGCUCAAGUGGGCCGGCGAAAGAGGGCACGGAGCGAGGAAUGAGCCGAAGGCGCGGCGAGCGCUGGCCGAUCGAUGCCGGGCCGCCUCGACCGUCCGUUCUGAACCCUGUUCCCCUGAUGUCCCCUUGUGUCUCCUUCUGUCCCCGUGUGUCCCCUUCUCCCACACAGAGGAAGCACUUGAGGGAGACGUGGCUCAGCGAAGCGUCUCCAGCCCUUGACGAGCCGUCGACGGCGUGAGCCGCGCUUCAUCCAGCUGUACUUAAUUCAAUCACACAAGUGUGUGAGACAUUCAUGAUGGGGAAGCAGGGUGGGGGGAUUUGGGACUAUUUAGUCUGCACGGAUAACAGAUAUGCAAGGCGGGACAGUAUAUCGGUCACAGACACACUUCUACGUCGACUGUGACGAGCCAUGUGUGAUGGAUUACAGCCAAGCAGAGACACACACACACACACACACACACGCAUUUGCCUUCUUGUAGUCUUGUAGUCAAGAAAUGGUGUCGCUGUGCCGAUGUGAGUCAGGAAGAGAAGUCAAAAGACGCCCGAGGACGAGGAGGUGUUAAUUACCACAAACAAUCCCUUAACCAGCUAGUCAAUGUGCGACGAUAUAUUAUAUAAAAUGACUUCCUGGUAGGACAGUAAGUCAAAAGGAUAAAUAAGCGCAUUUCUUUGCCAAAAAUGCCAAAUGAAGAGUUGAUACACUAGAGCUCAAAAUCCAAGAUGGCUGCUGUCCAUCAACAGUAAAGAGCUGUAGUAAAAUGUCUUCAUUAAGCACCUGGUCUCAUUUGUGUCAGUGAUGCAUAACUUCUAUCUGCGGGUACGUUGCUACGAAAACAAACAAUGGCAAACAUGGGAAGUUUCUGUGAGUUUUGUUAUUUCAAUUUUUAGCAAAUAAUUACAAGGCAACCUCAUACAAACUGUUUUUUUAAUCACAUUUUCACUGUAGUUUAACUUAAAAACCUCCUGUACCACAUAUAUGUUUUUUUUCAGUAAAUAAAGAGGAUUACUUCUGGAUCCAAAUGGCCCAGAGGACGUUCCAUGAAAGUGGGCAAGACGGCCGAUCAGUCCUGGGAAUGUUGGAGGUGCAGGUCGAGAGAGACCCUAAGACAGGCGCCACCUCCAUCAGGUCGGUGGCGCCUGUGUCCACGGCAACCGGCGAGGCGAUCUUCGACGACGGCAGAAGGAGCAUCCACGCGGUCGGCGGGUCGGGGAGCCAACCCUCGACCAAAGAGCUCGGCCACAUCCUGAGCAUCGUCGACGGGGUCGGGAUGAAAGCGCUGCUGGACGACAUGGCGCUCACGCCAAUCCAGGAGGAGGCGGAGACGCAGAGCGGAGAAGCCAGCACAGCUCCAGGGCGUCCAGUCGUGUCUUUUUCGACCCUUCGUGCACCAAAGGAGGACAACGCGCAGUUUGGAAGCUCUGGAGGCGACGGCUUGGAAGCCGAGCCGGGGGUAGAGCAGCGCUCUGCGAGCAUCCGACCCGAGGAGGAAAGAAAAGGGUACCUGAGGAUCUCGGCGCCCCGAGACACCGCGGGAGAAGUGGGCAACGUGGAGGAGCUGAGGUUGGAGGACGGCCCGGUCACUCUCAUGUUCCUGGGAUACAUGGACGAAGACCAAGGAGACGGCCGGGAGGAGCAUCAAGGCAUGUUGACCGCGGAGCACGUGAUCAUCACCGAGGAGGGAGAAGAGCGCGUCUUCGAAACCGAGACGUCCGCUUCACCUCAGGAAGGGAGAGAGUCCCGCGUGUCUCAGGACGUCCCCCUGGAUGGACACAGGGCCGGGAUUGAGGUCCAGGGAGAGGCAGGAGAUAAUGGGGGGCAGAAGUCGGCCUCCGCCGGUAAAGCCACCACCAAGCCCAAGACCUGCCAGUGUUGCAACGUCAUGUAAGAAGAGAUCAACCUCCAUCGUGUCAUCGGUGCCUGAAAGUCGACGAUGGCGCAUUGGAGUAGAGAGGGUGCGCCGUGAACCGCAAGGUUGGCGGUUCAAGCCCCGGCUGCUUCAUGUCCCCUGUCGAAGUGUCCCUGAGCAACACCUAACCCCUAAUUGCUCCCCGGGCAAAAAUGUAUAAAGCCAUGGGUUCAAAAUGCAGUCGCUUUGGAUAAAAGCGUCAGCUAAAUGACCUGUAAUGUAAAGGACUGGUAUGGAAGACGAGACCACCACAUCAUGUUCUCUCAACGACGUGGCUUUACUUUACCGUCGCAUCCCGUUGUGGGUCUUUCAUAGCAGGGAAAACGACCCGCGAGCCACUUCCUCCCUCUGGUGGACAAAGCCGAGAAUGUCAACAUGUCCUUGCAUAAUUUGCAUCAAAUGUCUCCAGUCCCUCAGGACUUCUUCUGUGGCUUUCCAUAUGUUUAGCUGUUGUUUUUCACUACCAAUGUAAAAAAGCCAAAGAGCAGAACAAUCACAUAAUACUACCAUCCUUUGACCUUUUUUAAUGGAAUUGGAGGAGUUCGUAUUCUACGACUAAACCUUUUUUUGAAUGUUGAGUUUCAUCUACUAGACUGGUCCUUUGGACGAGAUCCACUCAGCCAAACCACUUCACACUUGGCUUCCUCGGCUCCUGAGCAAACCCGACAGGUAUGAAGUCGAACUAAUCAAGGUUUUUGCAGACAAAUUCCAGGGCAGGCAAACAGAGAGACGGCCCUUUCAUUUCUGUUAAAUUCGAUUUAAGCAAAGCUCCCAUUGUAACGCUCUAGAUUGGGUUCAUUCAUGCGUCGGAAAAAGGGGGGGUUGGAAUAACUAAGUUCUCGGCAUUGUGGAGAAAAGCUUUCAAACUGCACUCAGGCAAUAGUUUAGGAGGAUACGAUCUGCAGCGAAAAUAUUUCUAAGCAUUUAAAUUACCAUUGAAAGUUUGGGAAAAGGAAUUUUUUCAAAAAAAUGGAAGACUUCCGAAUUUGUCAUAUGUCUGAAUAUUCAUGUCUGCUACACAGCAAAUAUCUGCUAAUAAGUAUGUUGUUAUUUAUAUCACUGUCGUUUUGUAUUCAAUUGAUUUAUUGAAGUGGAUGUCUACUGGAAUAUAUGACAAUAAAUCUGAAUAGAAUUC